CUCGCUGGGCAAUUACCCCGCAGUCGAUCGUGACCUUGCCAAUAUUGCUUCAAAAUAUCUUCAGUCUUAUAAGUAACGGUUUCUUAGCAAUAUGAUUUCUGCGAUUCCUUCUGUUGUUGUUUGUGUAAGUCUCGCAUUGUCAAAAUGAAGUCUAUGAUUUCAAGUAUAAUCUUAUCUCUUUCCUGCGUGGUAACUGCAACAAUUUGGCAGAAUGAUCAAGUCCGCAUCACAAAUUACCCAGACACGAAGAUAGAACUCAAUGACCAUGACUUCACUGAUUACCCUCCCAGCGCGCCAGAACUCUCCUACAAAGGACGAUGGGAUAGUAAAUAUGUUUCUUGGUGGUCAGCACCCGGGCUCAAAUUUGGAUUUACGGGAGAAGAAGUCGCCAUUACAUUUGGGCCUUUGACUUCGGACACUGUUUUGAUUGGAUAUCGAGUGAAUGGUCAGGAUUGGCAGCUCACAAACAUCACUAAAAAUGCCACGCACCUACUGGUUAGUCCAGAAUCUCCUGCGAUUGAUGUCGGCUGGCCUAUAAACCCAUCAACUUUUGAGCUCAGAGUCACAAAUUGGGCGUAUGGUGUCCAGAUCUCCGCCGUCCAUUUGAGUAAAGGUGAAAGCCUGAUCAAGGUUCCCAAAUCUUCGAGGACUAUCGAAUUCAUUGGAGAUUCUCUUUCUUCGGGUUACACAGCUACCCUAGAAGGGCUUUCGAGCUUUGCGUAUGGUAUGGGAGCCGGUCUUGGAAACACUGAGUAUUCCAUCACAGCAUAUCCGGGAAUUUGUUUGGUCGACCAAUUGUGUUGGGGCAAUACUAGAGGAAUGUUUCACCAGUGGUACUAUACUUCUGAUACUAGUCCUCGUGCCACUCAAAUAUGGGGCGAUAAACCAGAACUUUGGGAUUUCUCCAAGCAAGAUGAUGCGGAUAUUGUAGUGAUCAACCUGGGGACUAAUGACAGUAAUGGGGCGAUCAAUGUUACUAGUUCUGAAUACGUCGCUCAGUAUACCUUACUGAUUGAGGGUAUUCAUGCUGUCUGGCCCAAUGCUCAAAUAAUUCUGAUGUCUCUCUGGGAGGGUUUCUUUGCCUAUGGAAAUUCUUACGCGCAAGCUCAAGGAUUUGCCUCUGAAAUUCACAACAUAUAUCAAUAUUUCAACUCCAAGGAAUACUUGUCCAAUCCAACAUUGUACAAUCCGCAUACCAAUUCCACUUAUUCGUCCCAUCGACCUUCUGCUCCAUUCGUAUCUUAUUUCAACACCACCGGCUUGAUGCAACACAAUGAUAUUGGGCCAGCGUACCACCCAACUGAUGUGGGGCAUAUCAAGGUCGCGAGUCAUCUAAUACAGUAUGCGAGAAUGAAAUUUGGUUGGGAAUUGUAUGCAACUGGUCCGGAAGUAUUUCACGAUACCCUUUACUGGAACGACAACCAAAGCUAUUGAGCAUUCGUCAAAUAUUUAUAUAGAAAUGGUAUGAGGCAUGAAGUCAUGAUAACCUUUAUUCCUUCCGUCCUGCGUGUUUGGUAGACAUUACAUAGCAUGCUCGACGCACUCAAUAUCUGAGAUUCAGCACAAAUCGCGUCUCUAUAGCUUUGAUAGGUUGAAAUUGCACCGUCUCCGCAUUUCCAUGA